AUGGCCAUCUCCGUGCUCCGGAUGACAGUUUUCCUGGGAUUGCUUGCCUUGAUCCUGACUUGCCAUGCUGAUGACAAACGAGACGACAAGUCAGAUGACAAGUCAGAUGACAAGCCAGAUGCCUCAGGCAAAAAACCAGAGGACAUGCCAACAUUCCUACACCUCUUGGGCAGAGAAAUCAUUGAGAACGCAGUGUCGUUCAUCCUCCGCUCCAUAGAGAGGAAAGACUGA